AUGGGUAAGUCGCCAAUCCCUAAAACGGACUAUGUACUGUACUUUAUCACCUCUAUUCUUUAUAGAGGUAUAAAGCGCAUGAGCUUGAGCUGUCUCAAAAAUGUUGCAAUGAUUUCGCUCAGCUACUUCGUUAUGUUCGGAAGUAUGCGGGCCGAUGAAGAAUGCGUCGAAAAGGACACAAGACCCUGGAAAGCAAGCAAAGGAGCGAAAGGGUGGGAGGCAUGGCGGAUUCGAUCUGCGCUGGGAUUUUUCCAAAAUGGCACUCUAACUAGGCGAGAUGUUCAGGAGCCAGAGCCUCUUAGGCUUAGGAGGUCGUCAAUGAAGCUCAGCCGAACUUCCUUAAGAGAAAGAGGAAAUCACCGCUUGGUUGUUUACCAACGGAAAGCAUGGGAAAAAGACCAAAGAUAUCAUACGCUCUCUUCGGAGAGCGGCAUACCGAAAAAAAGAAAAGGGUUAUCGGAUUGGAAGCGAUGA